AUGCAGUCGUCCCGGGGCCGCACCGUCGCCGCGGGUGGCCUCAUUCCGCUCGCCCCGCGCCGGUGCCGGGCCAUCAGUCCGAAACCGACGCCCACGCAGAUCGCAGCCUUUUCUGCGCCGGGCGAGGCCCGCAACGUCACGGCUCCCCCGCGGCGGGCGGCUUUCGGGCCCAACGUGCAGCGCUUCGCCUGGGCCCGCCGGGCGGCGUGGCGAGGGCCGAACUCCGUCGACCCCGGCGACGACAGCGAUCCUGCGGUCGAGCGCGGACCCUGGGAGCGCGGAGCCUACAUGCGGUCCCUCAAGCGCAACGCCAGAGCCGCCUGGGACAAGGUCAUUGCCCAAACAACCGCCUGCGCCGCCGCCCUGCGACAGCUGGCGCGCAAGGCCUUCGCGUUCGUCGUCGCGGCGCUCGAGACGCUCGAUUCCGUCCCGAUCGUGCGGAUCACUGCGCGCGUGGGCGCCGUGGUGGGCCUCCUCUGCGCGCUCGCCAACCUCGCGGCGUCGCGGUGGGGCGUGCGCGCGCUCAACGACCAGAUGCCGAACAUCACGCGGACCGCGUCCACCGUCCUCUGCCGCGACGUGACCGUCAAGUCCGUCCAGGGCGUCUCCGUGACCGGCCUGUCGGUCCAGCUCGAGGGUCUAUACGUCGGACCGCGCACAGACGCAGCGCCCGAACGCAGCAGCCUGACGGUCCCGCACGCCACCGUGCGCAUCGACCCGGUCCAGACCGCGCUCCGGGGCCGCGUCGUGCUCACCGCGCACGUCGACAACCCGCACUUGGAGCUUGUACAAUGUCAGAACUUCUCCUGGUUCGGGAACCCCGUCGACACAGAGGACGGUUCUGCGCAAGACUGGGUGCCCGGGCUGCCGAAGGAGCCUCCGCAGCUGCCCGCGACGCCCGUGCGCGACGCUCAGCAGCAGCGCCGCGACGCGCAGCGCAGCGGCAACGGCGGUGCGCAGGCCGCUCGCGGCAGCGCGGACCAGCGGACGCAGUUCCGCGCUGGCCCGCCGUCUGACCGCGGCGGGCCCGUCGCGUCCAUCACGCUCGCGCGCGGAGCGGCCGGGAACCUCGUUGCGACCGUCGCUGACGCCGACGCCCCCCAGAGACCCGGGGGGGAGUCCAAGGGAGCUGCCGACGCGGGGCCGUCGCGCGGGUGGUUCGCGGGGGUGUUCCAGCGGCAGAGCAAGAACGCCGAGGCGCGGACGGGCCAGGCGAGCGAAGCAGCGGAGGGGAGCGGGCAGGAGCAGGCGGUCGUUGUGCCGCCUGCGGGCGACGGCGCGCAGGGAGGGUCGAUGUCUCUGAGCGCGCGUGCGGUGAUGGGAAGCGACGCAGCGGCGGCCGGGAGCGGCACGCAGGGGCGCGGAGUGCGGAUGCCGCGGCCGGUGGCGUCGCGGGCGCAGGGCAUGACGGCUCAGGUCAGGGAGGGGCGUCCCGAGCUGGUGGAGGGGGUGUCGAGUCGCGCGUGGCGGGCGUCCGCUGCGUCGGGCGAGGACGAGGUCCGCAAGGUCGAGGAGGCUGACGCCGUCGAGGAGGCUGAGCCUGCUGCAGCCGCGGAGGGGGCUGUCCAAGAAGGUGGGGGUGUCUUCGAGAGUCCUCCCGAGGAGGUUCCCGACGACGCCGCGCCCGGGACGGACGCGGUCGCGCAGGGAGGACCCGGUACUGCCGCCUCCACGGCGGAGGAGCCGCUCCCCUCGGCGCAGGAGGCCCCUGACGUCAGCGACACUCCCCCCGCCGCUGUCGACUCCCCCCCAUCCCCGCCGUCCGACGACGACGCGUCCCGCGACGCCAUCGUCACGGAGGUGCUGCGCCGCACCGCGCUGGGCAGCGCCCCGGACCUAGCGUCCCGCGGCCCCGGAGUUGCGCCGCAGCCCUCUAGCCAUGACACACAACACACAGAUCAAGACACCUCCUCUGCCGCCCCGGCGCCGGCCGGGUCCACGGAGCAGUCGGACAGGCCCGUUCCGGGCCCCGUCAAGCCGCUCAACCGCCGGGAACGCGCCCAGAAGGUCAUUCGCGAUCUCACGGAAGCAGUUACGCGCCAGGAACAGAAGGUGCGCGCCAUACAGGAGGCGGCGACCUCCAUGCGGCAAGCGAAGUCCCGCACGGCGGAGGGCGCGGGCGCGGACGCAGCGCAGGGCGCGGGCACGGCGUCGGAGCCGGCGGCGGCGCAGCUCGAGCGGAAGGGCGCGGAGGACGGGAAGAGUUCUGCGGCGGGCGACGAGCGCACGCAGGGCGGCGCUGCGGGGCGCGCGGAGGCGCAGCGCGGGGAGAAGGAGGCGCGGGGGUCGUCCGGGAUCACGACGGGGCGGUCGCGGCUGCCGGCGCACCACCGGGCGCCCGCGGCGCCGCGCGCGCCCGCACCGGCGGCGCGAACAGAUGAGGCGGCCAAGGGGGAGAGCGCACCGGGGCAGGUGGAGAUCGCGAUGCAGCGGCUCGGGCGGAGCAUCGCGGCCGCGGCGGUGGACCUCGCGCGGCACCUCCCGGCGCCGAACGUGGAGUUCGGGGGUCUGACGCUGACGAACGGAAGCAUCGACGUGUUUGCCGUGGACGAAACACUCCCCCGGAGGUAUGACGCCGUGAACGGGCGGCUCUUCCUCGGGAAGGGGUACAGGACGCUUGAGGUCGACGUGUCCGCCACGCCGGGCGUCCGGCACCCCACGCAGCGCAAAGUGACGAUGCCGUCAGCAACGUCGAAGCGGCACCUGCGCAGCACGCUCCCUGGCUACUCUGAGGUGCCGUACGACACGGGCCUCGAGUUCGAGUUCGAUGGGUCUGCGCCGGCGCCGGCCCCUGCGCCCGCGUCCAGCAGCGCAGGCGCGGCGCCGAGCGCCCCCACCGACGCUGCGCUGCAGACCUUGGGGAGUGCCCCGACAGUCCCCCCCAAGGUCGACGCGGUCGUCGUGCAGUCCCCGAACGACCCUGCGCACGCCCUCGCGGUGCAGCCGUCCCUGCGCGUCGGCCGGCGGCAGCAGGAGCUGCGGUCGCAGGUCCAGGCGCCUCCGUCUCACGUCUCCAUCAAAGUCCGCUGCUCGAACAUCCUGGUGCCCGGGCGGUCCGCGGACCUCACCGUGACGAUCGGGGCGCGCAAUGUGGACAUGCCGAUGCUCGAGCGGUCCCUCGAGAUCCCGCUGGACAUCGACCGCGGCACCAUUAGCGGCACGCUGACGAUCCGGUCGUGCGACGAGGAGUCGUGGGCGUUCCCGCUGCUGUUCGGGCGCGUGCAGGUGCGCGGCGCGGACUUCCACUUCUGGGACGCGCCGGACGACAUCGUGGCCUGCGACAUGGACCUGCUAUUCGAGGGAAAGCGACUGUACUUCCACAAUGCACGGGGGUGCUACGGCGCCAUCCCGGUGCACGUGACAGGCGACAUGGACCUCAACCCUGACUACGGCCAGUACCGCCUGUCCGCCGAGUCCCCCGGCGUGGAGCUCAACGCCCUGCGCUGCACCCUCGGCGUCCGGCCCCUCCCGUUCCCGGCCUCCGGCGCCGCCCGCGGCAUCGUCCACGUCACCGGCCCCCUCGAGAAACCCAUUUUCUCGGGCACGGUCGUCGCCGUGGUCCCAACCGGCGACAUGCUCGCACACGCGCCGUCGUCGUGGGCGCAGGACGUCAUGGAGGCCACGCCGGGCGCCGUCGCAGCGUACGACAAGAUCCCGUUCUCCCGCGCCAGCGCGGUGUUCACCGUCGACACCUCCACGGAGAUGUGCCACUUGCACGCCUUCCACGCGGAGCCCUCGGACGGCGGACGGAUCUCCGGGUCCGGACGCAUGUGGCUCGCGCCCGAGGCGGAGGCGCACCCGAGCGCGGUGUCGAUGCACCUGGACGCCAGCGCCCUCGACGGCGACCGCCUGCUGCCGCGAUACCUGCCGCCAGGCGCUGGACCGCUGCCGCCCAGCAUGCGCAUCGGAGCGGUGAACUGCCAGGGCUCGAUGGAGGGGUCGCACCUCGCGCCGCGAAUCACCGCGCGCGUGGAGGCGCCGGAGGCGUCGGCGCGCGGCGACGUGGAGCUUGUUCGGGACCGCACGCGCCUCCGGCUGCAGAGUCCCGAGGCGAUGUUGGACGCGACGCUGCACACCAAGGGCGCGCCGCAUGAGCUGGCCGCUGCGGCCGCGACGCAGGAGGAGGCGUUCUGGGCCGGGCAGCCGCUGAUUGAGGCCGUGGACGGUGAAUUGAGGUUGCGGAAUGCCGAUCUGCUGCCGCUGCUGCAAGGCCAGGCGCCAGGCGACCGUCCACAGCCGGUGAGGAUGCGGCUGAGCGGGGCGGUGUCGCUCAAGGGCCGCGUGGCGAACAAGGGGGCGGAGGCGGACACCCCCGGGAGUCCUCUGGCGCGCUGGUCUGUCCGGGAGGCUGCGCCGCUGCCGCCGCGGACGGUCAUGCCGCAGGGCGUGUCCAAGGCCGGGCCGGGGAUCCCGAACGCGGUGCGGCCGCGGCAGGGGCGGCCUGCGGGCGCGAGCAGCAGCAACAGCAGCAAUGCCGCGCCCGCAGGGAACGUCGUUCUGCCGCACGAGGGCCCGGCGGGCCCGCGGAUCGUUGCCGGGCAGCGCAGCGUGAAGCCCGAGCUCGAGGGCGCGCUGCGUCUGCAGGGCAUCCGCGCGAACCAGCUGCCGCUCGUCAUGAGUCAGGAGGGGCACAUCCACCUGAGUCAGGACGCGGUAGAAGUCCGCACGGCGGGGUCCUCGCGCGGGGUCGCCGCGUCCGAGCAGCUCACGCUCCGGCUGUCCACGGACGACGCCGACGCGCCCGCGCGGCAGGCCCGCGCGCCGGACGCCGCGCCGCAGCUCGGGGGGGAGUUUAAGCUGACGCAGGGCCCGAUGCGCGUCAACGCGAGCGUCAACCCCGCGGGGAGCCACGCCCGCCUCGACGUCUCGGGCCUCCCGCUCGACGAGCUCGAGCUCGCGUCCCUCCGCGGGAACCUUCGCGAGUUGUCUGUCGACCUCAACUUCACCGAACGCCUCGGCCGCGGCGCCAUCGAUGUGCAGAACCCGAAAUUCUCCGGCGUGCAGGGCGAGUCCGUCUGCGGGUACGUCCGCUGGGAGGACGACCUCGUCCGUCUGGAGCGCGGCUGGCUCCAGCAGGCCCGUUCGCGGUACAACGUGCAGGCGGAGUACAUGUUUCCGCCACACCAGCGGCUCCCGGCGACGAUCUCGGACAUGGCGGCGGCGCUGCAGGAGGCGGCGCCGGGCGCGCACGGCGCGAGCGCUCCGCUGGGCCCGCUCGGCGGCGCCGGCGCGGGACGCAAUACGGGGCGGUGGCGGUGGCAGGUGUCGGUUCCGUCGGCCGAGCUGCACGAGAUCCUCCCCGCAGCGAACUUGCUGUCGCGGGCGACGUCGCACACGCCGCUCGGGGGGUACUUGGACGCGAAGGCGCGGUUCCUGGACGCGCUGACGUCAGCAGGGGUCCAUUCCGAGUCCCUGCGUCAGCAGCUCGACGGCGUGGUACGGUCGGCGUGGCGGGGCACGCGCGACGCCGCGCGCGCGGCGGACCCUGUCCGCACGGCCGCGAUCGAGGCCGCGAAGGAGGCCGACGAGGCGAUGGGGGGGUCUGCUGGCACCGACUCAGGCGUCCCUGAUAGCGCUGACGUGGCCGAUUCCGGCGCCGACGGCGCAAAGGGCGCCGCGGCGCGCAGGGCCGCGAAGACCGGCGCGGCCGCGAGCGCGCCGAGCGGCCCGCGGCCGGCGCUGCCGGGCCUGCAGGACCUGCGGGGACGCUGGAGGGGCGUGAUCCAGGCGUACGGCGGCGGCUCGAGCAACGCGGUGGCCGUCGACUUCGACCUCGGCGGGGAGCACAUGGUGUGGGGCGAGUACUCGCUGGGCUCCGCGGUCGUCCGCGGCGGCUGGACGGACCGCGAGGGCCUGCAGCUGGACGACCUGGAGCUGCGGGCGGGGCAGAGCGCGCUCAAGGCGCGCGGGCGGCUGCUGGGCCCGCGGCAGGACGCGGAGAUCACGGUGAAGGAGCUGCCUGCGUCGUGGCUGCAGCCGCUGUUCCGCGCGUUCGGCCCCGGGGGCCCGUCGGCGGCGUCGGCGGACGCGGGGGUGUCCUCGAGUCAGGCAGCGAGCAUCAAGAAGGGCGUGGUGGGCGCGCUGCCGUUCGUGAAGUCGCAGGAGCGCGUCACGACGCCGCGCGGGCCCGUCGACGGCCGGAUACACCUCCGGGGGACUCUGGGGGGGUCUACCCAGAGACCGACGGGCAAGAUGGUCGUGCACCUCGCGGACGGCGUCGUCGGCGCCACGGCGCUCGAGAAGGCGCAGGCCGUCGCGGAGGUCACGCAGGACCGCCGGCUCACCUUCACGAUCGAGCUCGAGCCCAGAGACCUGCCAGGGCGCGCUCACGUACGCGGCUCGCUGCCGCUCGGCCCGCCGCGCGCCGCAGGCGAACCGAGCGCGGCCGCGGCCGCGGCCGAGCAGUCUGCGGGGCCCGCCGGGGACGGCCGCGGCGACGCGCCCGUGCCUGACCCAGCCUCCCUCACUCCCCCCGACGUGCUCGGCGACGUCGCGGAAGCGCCCCUGGGCCCCGACGACGUCGCGGUCGACGCCGCGAUCAAGGACUCCGGCCUGACGCUGCUGUCCGUGUUCAACCCCCCCCUGAAGUGGCAGAACGGCUCGGCUGACAUCGGGCUUGAGGUCCGCGGAACCAUGAAGGACCCGGCGGUGAGCGGGCUGGCGAUCAUUUCGCGCGGCGCGGUGUCCUGCCCGUACACGCGGUACCCGAUCAGCCAGCUGAACGCCGUGAUCCGCGCGGACAACUCGGACCUGCAAGUGGAAAUGCUGGACGCGCGCGUGGGCAAGCGCGGACACUUCCGCGCGACGGGCGCGCUGCCGCUGCGCGCGCCGGCGUCGGGGCAGGCGGCGGAGGCCGCGCAGCCGCAAGGCCCGCCGCCUGCGCCGGGGCAGGGGCCGCUGCGGGGCGGGCCCGGCCUGCUGGACGUGGAGGCCAGGGGGUUGGAGCUCAAGGUCCGAAACACGUACACGGGCUCGCUGGACUCCCGCCUGCGCGUCCAGGGCUCCUUCUUCGCGCCGCGCGUCGGCGGCCACGUCAACCUCUCCCGGGGGACCAUCUACCUCGUCCCGCAGGGGGGGGGUCCCGCGCUCGUUGCCGACUCCCCCUCCACCUCGAACCCCUCCGCGCCCCAAACCGCGUCCAGCAGCUCCGCCGCGGAGGACCGCGUCCACAACACGCUCCGCGCGCUCAUGCGCGGCCAGGACGGCGCGCAGCCCGCGCCGCAGCCCGGCCCCGCCGCUGCUGACGUCACCCUGGACAAUCUCCGCGUGAAACUCGGCCCGGAGCUCCGCGCGACGUACCCCUUCGUCAUGACCUUCGGCCUCCAGGGCCAGGUCGACAUCAGCGGCCCGGCGUCCAACCCCGACGCCCUCCGUCCCGCAGGCUCCAUCCUGUUCGACGGCGGCGAGGUCAACCUGGUCGCGACGUCGCUCGUGCUGUCCCGGGACCACCCGAACCGCGUGGUCUUCAUUCCCGAGCAGGGCCUGGACCCCUCCGUCGACGUCAGCUUCCUGUCGGGCGGAGCAGCGAAUUUGCGCUACACGAUCCAGGGACGUGCCUCGCGGUGGCAGGACGGGCUCGUGAUCGCGUACGGCGGGCCCUCCGCGGGCGCGAAGGCCACGGACGCCGGUCGGCUCGACCCGGAGGAGGCCGCCGCUGUCUUCGAGGAGCAGCUGCAGUCGUCGUUGUUGCUGGAGGACGGACAGCUCGCGCUGCCGCACCUGGCGUCGUCGACCGUGUCGUCGCUCCUGCCGAAGAUCGAGAGCCAGGGGCGGCUCGGGAAGGCGCGGUGGCGGCUCGUCAGCGCGCCGUCGGUGUCCGGGCUGCUGUCGCUCGACCCCGCCGCGGACCCGAGCAAGGUGCUGGCGAGCCUGCAGGUGGGCGCCGAGGUGGAGGUGCAGUUCGGGCGGAGUCUGCAGGCCGCGGUGAGCCGGAAGAUGCGGGCGAACGAGAUGAACACGCAGCUGAGCCUGACGUACCACGUCACGGGGAGUCUCCGCAUGAGUCUGACCAGCAGCAGCGGGAGCCCGACCAAGGUGAUGCUCGAGUAUUCCGGGGAGAGCAACGCCGGCGGGCGGCGGUACGGCAACACGUUCCACAUCUGA